AUGGGGUUGUUUUGUCGCGUCAAGUAUAAUGGACAGGAGAACGAUCGCUUCUCAAAUCAAGGGCGAGUCUGUACUUUUCUCUAUACGAUGUUUUCCGCUGUACGCUUAAAUGGUGAAAUUGAUAACGCAUAUUGCAUGUUUUGUGGGAAUUCCGAAUCGAUUUGGUAUACCAUUGCGGGCGAAGUUGCUGCGAAGGAUUACAAAAUCUUAAUGGACAGUGGUUGGCGUCGACAUGGAACUAUCAUACGUAAGCCAGCCAACCGCAAAACAUGUUGCCCUGUGUACGCGCUUUGGUGUGACGCUGAGAGCUUUCGGAUUUCCAAAUCCCAGAAGAAGGCUCUGCGACUUGUUAACAACUUUUUGAGUGGCAGAGGAAAGUUCAAAGAUGCCAAGAACGCCUCUGCUACAAUUAUUUGCUGCGGAGAUCGUUCAGCUGAUUCAAAUAACCUUACGAAUAGUCCGCAAGAUGUUAAGCCACAGCCCCCUGGAGAUUCGGAAAUACCCAUUAGUGGAGCGGUCAAAAACUUGAGUUUCAAAAGAAAGUUCAGCUCAAACGAUGUUAAGCUCCAAGGCGAUGGGGAUGCUGGAAAGCCAGUUGACGGAAAGGUCAUCAAUUUGAGUGCUAGAAAAAAGUUCAAACGGGCAACAGAGAACUCUGAUACAGCCGAUUAUCGUGGAUAUCGCCCCAUUGAUGUGAAUGAUCUUGCGAGUCACCCAAGAGAUAUUGGGACACAGGUCUCCAAAGAUUCAGGAUUCGCAGAUGAUAAAACUUCUGUCAGUGCGAGUAGACCGGGUUCAGCUCGACGCAAAAGAUGGCAAGCUUUGCAGGAUCGCAUGAUGAAACGUGCAAAGGAGUUGGGCGUUCCAUAUGAGGCGGUAAUGCAAGAAUAUCUAACCCGAAGAAAAAAGCGUUUGGCCAAGAACAAGCCUAAGGACCUGGAGGAUUACCUGGCAUCUGAACCGAGAGAGGGCGAGGCUGCCCAUUUCUUGGAUAUUCGCCUGUAUAGGAGUUCCCCCAGAUCAGCCGAGUUGGAGGCAACCUUGGAUGAGGAAUUCAGGCUAUACUCAGCCUAUCAAGUUGCUGUCCAUAAAGACGCUCCGGAGGAUUUAAAACGGGAGAACUUUAUCGAGUAUCUGGUCGACUCAUUAAUAGUGGACGGACGCGAUGCAGAUGCGGAGGCGUGCGGCGCUCCACAAGUUGGUACCUACCAUCAGCAGUACUGGCUAGAUGGAAAAAAGCUUAUUGCCGUGGGCGUGCUGGACCUCGUUUCUGGUGGUCUCUCCUCCGUCUAUUUCUUCUAUGAUCCCGCAUACGCUUUUCUACGCCUGGGCAUCUAUUCUGCUCUUCGAGAGAUCGCUUUUGUGCGUGACCUCCAUCGCACUUUUGGAUCGAGGGUGGCAGCUUACGCCGACCCCAUGCAAUAUACCUUGGGCUCUUACGUGCAUUCCUGCGCAAAAAUGCGCUACAAAACCCAGUUUGCACCCUCCUACCUCGUCUGUCCGGAGACGUAUACAAUGGUGCCAGUGGAGAAGUGCCAACGUAUGCUGGAUGUAAAGAGGUGCACUCGGUUUGCAGAGGCAGAUGUGGAGAAGGCGCCAUCCGUAGAUCGUCGCAAUGCGGUUAUUCUUCUUUCCUGCUCUCCUCGCCUAACUUUGCUUCUUCAAAGUUCCCAAUUUACCGUCAAAGACAACGUCAUCAUUACGUCGGUCGCUGCAGCUACAAAAGUACUCAGUGAGGAUGACUCGCAGAGGGUGGAGGAUUGGCUUAAGCUGGUUCGUUCCACUGGCACCAUGCGUAUCGACUGUACUCGUUGA